CUAGUCUGAGAAUGGUGCUGCUCGGUGUGUGCAGGAACAUGCGUGCAGGAGACCCGCGCCUGGGGCACCCCGGCACCACCACCGGCCCCCUCCGAGUCGGAGUGCCGGCCGUACAUCGAGAAGGCCCUCAAGGAGAUGGAACACCACGAAGUAACAGGCUCGCUUGAGGAUGGAGGGACCAGUGCGGAAACUGAAGAACAGGCACAAGGCGACGAACCGGCGACCGACAGCGAAGGGAGCAAAGAGGACUCAGAGGAUGUAGUAUCGACCACAGAGGGCAUCGACGGCGCCAGCGUAGAGGAAGCCGACUCACAGGAGGCUCAAGACAGCAGCGCAGAGCAAGAAGCAACGGCCGAGGCCGAAAACUCGAAAGAGGAGACUGCCGAUUCGAAAGAGGAUACUGCUGAGGAUGCUGCAGCUGAAUCCACAGAACAGGUUGGAGACGGGGCAGAAUCUGCAGAGGAGACCACCGAAGGCGCAGAAUCCACUGAGGGUGCAGAGGGCGGAGAGAGCGUAGAGGAGGCCACCGAAGAGGGUACGUCCACAGAGGAAACUGCAGAGGAAACAGCUGAGGGUGGAGAGUCAGUGGAAGAGGCCGCCGACGGCGGAGAAUCGGUUGAGGAGGCCGCUGAGGCUGAUGCAUCAACCGAGGAGGCCGCUGAGGGUGAAACAUCUACUGAGGAGGCCGCUGAGGGUGAAGCAUCUGCCGAGGAAGCCGCUGAGGGUGAAACAUCUACCGAGGAAGCCGCUGAGGGUGAUGCAUCUACCGAGGAAGCCGCUGAGGGUGAUGCAUCUACCGAGGAGGCCACCGAAGGUGCAGAGUCCGCAGAAGAAGCAACUGAGGGUGGGGAAUCAGCUGAAAAUGCUGCCGAGGGUGCAGAGUCCGCAGAAGAAGCAACUGAG